UCAGCAAUACAAGAGUAUGACUGACCGGAUCAAGGGUCAGAUCUAUGACAGCCUUGUCAUAGGCUCUGUGGAGAAAAUGGCAGAAGAACCCCAAUUCAACCACCGGCAAUGAAAAUGCAGAAGUCCACCAUUACUAGUGGAGUCACAGCCCAGAAGAUUUCCACAACCAUCACGUUUUACAAGAAUGAAUCUAAAGUAGCCUUUAUGCUACAACAGAAUGGCCCCAAGUCUCUUCUGUUGCUGCUACCCUGGCUGGGCUCUCAGGCACAUGCUGUGGACAAGUAUCGUGAGAUCUACUUCAGGCAGGGGUUUGACGUUCUGACCGUGGAGAGCAAGACCAGUUACUUCCUGUGGCCUAGGUGGGGGUUGGACUAUGGCGCCCAGGUGCUGGAGUUGCUGCAGAGUGACAGCUUUGUGUCCCGCCCACUGCUGCUUCAUGCCUUCUCCAUUGGAGGAUACACCUUCGCCCAGAUGAUGGUGCACAUCUCCAAUAAUGCUCAGCAAUAUAAGAGCGUGACUGACAGGAUCAAGGGUCAGAUCUAUGACAGCCUCGUGAUAGGCUCUGUGGAGAGAAUGGCAACAGGAGUUGGAAAGAUGGUUCUUCUGAAAAUGGAAGGGCUACUGCGCAAGGGCACUUUGCUCUACUUCAAUAUCCUAAAGGGCUAUACGGUGGAUUACUACAAUGUCACCAUUGGUAUGUUUUGGAAUAACCCACCACAGACUCCAGCCUUGUUCUUCUACUGUGAGAAUGACCCACUCAGUGAUCACAAGGAGGUAGAGAGAUUGAUGCAAAGUUGGCACCUGCAAGGGAUUAACGUGGUGGGGAAAGGCUGGAAAGAUUGCGUGCAUGCAGGGCACCUCAAAAAGCACCCCCAGGAGUACCUGGCGACACUGGACCAAUUCCUGCAGUCCAUCAACACGACGCCACUAAAGGCUAAGGUGUAAAAAUGAAUGCUAUAAGCAAUAACAAAUAUAUUGAAAAAUAGUGUGUAACACAAAUAAACAAGACACUAUCAUAAUAAUUUUGAAUGUUCAGGGUGAUUUUUGUGAACACCCUUCCUAUAAACCUUGGUCACAUGUGCUCACCUAAACAACGUGACCAAAUACGAAAUGUAAUAAUGUGACCAAAUACGGUUAUACCGGUAAUAGGGAUAGGGGUAGAGUCUGGGGAUAUUACAAAAUGAUUAUAGAACUUUCUAAUUUGGAAUAAUGUUUCAAUACUUUUAAAUAACAAAUUAAAUCUAUUUCUCUGCAAUGAUUAUACAGUUGUCUCGCGUUAUACCGCCCCCUUUAUAAA